ACCGACCAAAAAAAAAAAAACAACUGUGUCUUGUUCACACUGAUUCUGUUUCAUGGAAUGAGCAUAUAUUGUUUGUGUUCCUAGAAAACUCAGACCUUGAAUUGUUGGUUUGCUUCUUAUAAGGCUUGUAGUUGACGCCUUUAGGAAUCUCUCAAGGAUGGGUUUCUCAGUGGCAGCUUCGUUGGGUACCUAUGUUGUGCUGAGAGACACUCAUGAAACAAGAAUCAAGUGCCAAUUUUUGUGCAGAAAAGAACAGAAUAGUAGAAUUGGUUUCAAGUUUUCAAAGCACAAGGCCAUUCAAAGUGCAAUUUUUUUUAGCAAGCAUGAGUUCACUGAUUUGGAUGAGAGGAAGAGCUCAGAUGAGGUUAAAGAAGAGAUUAAAAAAUGUUAUGAACUCAUAAACAGAUUAGGGAGAGGAGUUGUGUAUCUGGGUUCUUCAAGGAUGGGACCUAGCCAUUCACAUUAUGUGCAAGCACAAGAGCUGGCUAAAGAGAUAGCAAAUCUUUUGGACUGCACUUCUUGGUCAGGGGCUGGACCAGGGCUAAUGGACGCUGUUACUCAAGGUUCUAUGCUAGCAGGAAAACCAGUUGGUGGAUUCAAGAUAGGAAGAGAAGCUGGGGAAUGGACUGCGUCUAACUUUCAUCCAUACUUACCGUCAGAAAAUUAUCUCACCUUCCGGUUUUUCUCAGCAAGGAAGCAUGGGCUAGUGGACGCUGUAGUGAGGAACAAUUCGUUUGAUAAAACUGCUGUUGUUGCCCUUCCUGGUGGGAUUGGUACUUUAGAUGAGGUGUUUGAGAUAUUGGCAUUGAUUCAGCUAGAACGGAUUGGAUCAAAGUUUCCUGUUCCCUUCCUGUUGAUGAACUAUGAUUCAUUUUAUUCAAAGCUGCUUGAAUUUUUAAAUGAUUGUGAGGGUUGGGGAACUGUCUCUAAAGGAGAGGUUGCAUCAUUGUGGAAGGUUUGUAACAGCAACUCAGAAGCUUUGGCAUACCUAGAAGAAUUCUAUGGCAUUUCUUCUAGUGACAAAAGUAAGAAUGUAACUAAACUGUAUAGCACGUAUGAAUCACCGUCCUCAUAAGAAUUUUUCUUUUGUUUUUUCUUCUUCUUAAUAAUUGUUUUCUUUCUUUAAAAGGCUUGAACUGUAGAAUAUUCUCCUGAAUUAUUGCAAUAUUAGCAAGUUUGAUGGUAGCCAUGUGCAGUAUCAAGUUCUAAUUGCACCAAAAAUGUAUCUUAGGAUUCAUCUGUAAUCACAUUUGUGAUUUGGAUAAAGUAGCAAAAGGAAAUGAGUUUUCUCUAAUUGUU